AUGUAUGAUGUGUGCUGUAUGGGGUGGGUAGUCGAGUGGCAAUUGCACAAUCAUGUCGAGCUCGGGCCAAGUGACGGGAUGACGGCCUGUUGUUGGGCCAACCAGCAACACGAGUACGCCUCAAACCUGCUGACAGGCAGUUUAAGAGCUCAACUGUCUCCUCAACCCUCGGACACACAUACAUGCACACUAAUGGAAGCGCAUGUAUGUGAGGCCGACGAGCAAAUUUUGCGUCACACGCUGGAGAUAACGUAA